CAAAACAAAGGAGAUGCAAAGAAAAUACAAGAAGCCAUAGAAAGAUUGAGCCAAAGAGAAGAGCCAGUCAAUAUAUUAGUGAUUGGUCUCACUGGAGCUGGUAAAUCAACACUCAUUAAUGCUUUACUGGGAGAUGCUGUAGCAAAAGAAGGAGCAGGAGCAACAUCAGUACAAUCUAAACUUGAAGUACACAAAGGAAACUGUGGGGGAAUAAAGAUAAGGGUUUAUGAUACUACUGGAUUCAGUGAUACAAGAGGGAGAAGUGGUAAUAGCAUUAUUCGAGAAAUUGCUCAAGCUAAUAAGUUUGAUUUGAUACUGAUCUGUUUGAGAAUGAAUUCCAGAGCAGAUGAAAAAGUUAAAGAUAUGUUCACACUUCUUGCGGCUAACAUAAAUAAAAAAAUGUGGGGUAGAUCAGUGAUUGUCCUUACGUUUGCUAACACAUUCCUUCAACAAAGAAGUAUUAAAAAAUUACCCAAUAAAGCAGAUAUAAUAAGAAAUGAAAAAAAAGAAUUCAAAAGACAUGUUCAUGGAUUCCUUAGCAGCACAUUGAGGAGUGAGACCAUUGAUGAGAUACCAUUCUGUAUCGCUGGAGAAGAAGAGCGAAAACUACCAACAACUGACAAUUGGUUAAAAGACUUAUGGAAUGAAUGCAUCAAACGUUGCAAUCAGGAUGUAAGUGAUUUCCUCAGUUUAAUAGUAAAAUAUCGAACAGUAAUAGAAGCAGGAGCUAUUAGUGGUGGGACUGCAGUAGGAGCAGUGGUGGGUGGAGCAAUAGGAGGAGGAAUAGGGUCAAUUGUGCCAGUAGUAGGUACAAUAGUAGGAGCUACAGUGGGAGGCAUGAUUGGCGGUGGAUUAGGAGCUGCUAUUACAGGGAUUGUAGUAGCUAUUAAAAGAAACUAA